UUGAUAUUAGUUCGACGUUCGUUACGGUGUUUGCGCGCCUGCAGCCGUUCGGUGUCCGUCCGCGUUGUCUCCGAUCGCCUCUUCUGGUUCUCCCUUUAGCCGUCUCUCUGUUCGGCCGGCAGCGUCCCGCGGCGACCGCAAAUAAACGUUCGUUCGAGCGGUAGUUGGCCACCGAGAUACGCCAUUGACCGACGUCCCCGGGGGUGAUUCCAAUCAUUGGACGCGUCAUAGCCGUGCCUUAGGAGAUCCCCGUUGCCAGAUAAGAAGCGCGGACCGCGAUCGCUCCGACGUGAUAACAGACGAGCGGAACACGAUGGACGCGGCGAGCAUCAUCUAGCGACGGCUGCGACCCAUUUCCGGAUCUGCGGCCCGAUCCCGCGGGACACAACCCGUGUGCUCGGCCCAUUCGGCCUUUUCCGAACACGUAGAACGGACUGGAACGGCGAACGGUGACGGUCCUCGCGAGGAAAGCGUGGUCACGUUUGAUGAACUUGCCGCCGCGGGCUUGCAGCAGCCUAGUUAUGUUCUCGAUCGAGUACAGCAAGCAAUUCCUGAGCUACCGUAUACUCAAGUCGAACCGGUUCAAAUACAUCUGACGAUACGGACUCGGACUUGGAGUGAUAAAAGGUGCGCGCGCUGAAGGGGGCGAGUGUGUGUAUGUGAGCGUGGACGACUUGCAGGGAUAUACGGUGUUGUAUGCUCAGGAUCGGCGGAGGCUUGCGCAGGUUUCGCAAGACCUGGAACGUCUUGUCCGCGACCGUCACCGAUGCUAGGAAAGGCCCGGCUUCCGCAGCUGAUCGCAGCCGGGAACGCCUGAACGUGUCGUGCCAUCGACAUCGAAUGACAGAGGCCCCUCCGAGGUACCUCUGUUAAUCGAGGCUUCGUUGAGAGCGAGAGCAAUUUUGCAGAAGCUUCUCGUAAGGAAAGAGGCAGAGAGGCAGGAGAGAGAGGAGGAGGAGGAGGAGGAGGUCUGCUCGUUAAACCGCGGCGCGGCCAAGGAGAACACGGCCACCGGGUUUCCACGAUUCCUAUAAUCGGGUUAUUAAACGCGCUAAUUAAGGAGCGGGCUCCAAUUAAGUCGAGAGCGAGAGUGAGAGAGCGAGGGAGGGAGGGAGAGAGAGAGCGAGCGAGCGAGCGAGUACGGGGGAGGGUGUCGAAGGGGGAAAUUUGCACGCGUUUGGUCGACGCAGAGAUUUGGUCGGAACGAAGGAGCACAAGAACAAGGGAAUAAAGAUGAUCGUUUACGUUCCCGGUAGAAUGCCAAGCCACGUUGGUCCGUACGGCGCCGCUCGUUACCCGGGCACCCUGCUAGGAGCAGUGCCGGGUUUUUACAGUCCGAUUUCCGGUUAUUCGACCAGCCCGAACUCCAGCUACUACGGGAGCCUCAGCCUGCAUCAGCAACCACCGCUGGACCUUCCGGUUUGGCCGCGAAGGAUGCCGGUCGAGGAGGAACUGGGAACGUCGCCGACGGCCACCUUGCCAGGACUCGGAGUCUCGCCGGGUGGCCUGGCGAACACGGGACCUCCGAGUCCUGCGCACUCCGACUCGGAUGCCUCCAGCUCCAGCCUGGAGCUCGGCUCCAUCCGGCGAGGCGAGAACGCCCAGCUGAAGUGCAGAUGGCAGAACUGCGGCCGAUGGUUCACGUCCUUGGAACAGCUCGCGGGACACGUCGCCCGUUUGCACGCCGCGCCAGGACUCCGGGGGCUCUUCUACUGCGGAUGGGAGGGCUGUGCGAGAGGCGAACGUGGAUUUAAUGCGAGAUACAAGAUGUUGGUCCAUGUCCGUACGCACACGAACGAGAAGCCUCACCACUGUUUUCAAUGCGACAAGAGCUUCAGCAGGGCGGAGAACCUGAAGAUCCACGCGCGGUCGCACACCGGCGAACGCCCUUACGUCUGUCCGGUGGAGGGCUGCAACAAGGCCUACUCAAACUCCUCCGACAGGUUCAAGCACACGAGAACCCACGCGGUCGACAAACCAUACUGUUGCAAGGUGCCCGGCUGCCCGAAACGGUACACCGACCCGUCCUCCCUACGGAAACACGUGAAGACGUACAGACACUACGUGAACAACAACGACAAGGGCCAGGAGAAGAGCUUCGACGAGAACAACUCGCAGGAGAAGACGAGGUUCGACACCACCUCGCCGGAGAAGCAGAGCAGCACGACCAGCUCGGAGUCGGACAAGAAGGACAGCAGCAUCGAGAGCAGCGCGUCCGGGUCGAGCCCGAAGGCGUCGAACAGCUUCGAGGAGCAGCGGAACUUCGUGGAGUGGAACAACAUGUACAACCUGCAAGAGCAACAGCGUAAGGAGCAGGUCGAUCAGAUCACGCCGAGGAAGCCGUACGAACAGGACGUGAAGAUCUACCCGAGGAUCUACGACGACAACUACAUCAUACCUGACAGGAUCCAAGUGAACCCGAUGUACGUCACCGGCGGCCAGAUGAUGAAGGAGAGCCCGCCGGUGUCGUCGCCGCAUACCAGUCCUCAUCGCAUCCCCGACCCUAUGCCCCGCAUCGGGAUGCAGUCGACGCCGAUCAAGACCGAGGAGCCCGUCGAGUACCCGAGCAAGGUCAGCACGGUCGAUUACAGGAACAUCGAGUCGAUCGUGAACAGCGCGCCCAGCAGAAAGGAGAACAAGAUCGGCUGCGACCCGAUCAGGCAUUCUGUGAUAAAGCGGGCCGAGGACCUGAAGAUGGAGGUGGAACAAACGCCGGUCCAGGAGGAGCUCUGCCAGGAUACCAACGACUGCUGUUGCCGUCACAAGUGCUGCGCCCACAGCAACGACAACAUCCUCGAGAAGACCAAGAUCCUCUCCGACCUGAUCCUGAAGGCGCAGAACCCGCUGUUCAGGCAGCUGCUCGGGUCGGUCGACCUCCAAUACGGGCUGCAGAACAUGUGGGGCAAUAUCGUCGACACGAACAACACCUGCGGGCAGGAUCUACGGGUCAAGAUCGAGAACUCGGUGGAGAUGGACCAGGAUUUACCAUUGGACCUGACGAUCGACAAGUAGCUACACGCUGCUAGGGCGACGGUCGAGCCGCAAGGCUUCGGAUCGUGGUGGGUCCACGUCCUGCUCAGGGUAUGAGAGGGUCUAUUUGGCCUUGGGAUCUGUUCAUUCGGCUCAAACUACCGGCGGCGGGCUGCGUUCGGCGUUCUCGAGGUCGUCCUCGGGCAAAGUGCCUUGAUACUGUUGAUUGCUUUGGGUAUCAACAAACAGUAGUCCGUCGCGAUAGAGAGUUAUCGGUUGUCGUUAUCAGCCGGGGACGACCUGGAGCCAACGCAAACAAGCGCGAAAGGGAACCUCGGCCCGCCGUCGGUUACGCGGAAAACGUUUGGCCGUUCGUCGAACGCUGAAUUUCUUGAGGGGGGGAAGUUAAUCGGGAGCAACGGACCGGUGUGGGAGACGGGUGGUCGACCUCGAAGAAAACACUGUUUUAAUCAGACUGCGAAACCAAAUAUAUCGUAAUACGUUUAAUUCUUUCGUCGUAGGGCAGCGAUAGUGGGCGGGGGAAACAGCUCGGAAGAGAAUUGCUCAAUCUUAACUCGUUAAUGCCUCUCUUACAAGGGAACCAAGUGGACGCGCACUCACCGACGCGGUACUCUUCGGAACGUCGCGCUACGAUCAUUCGGAUCGAUACCGUUAAAAUAGCAAAAAGCCGACUACCGAGAUGCUGGCGAAAUGCGGCCUGCGUGUUUAGUUGUCGCAUGAAAAAUGUGGGAAGAUAAAAUUGUUCGAGUAGUCCGCUAUCGGUAAGUACGGGUUCGCAGUGUCUAGUGAGUAAACAAAGCCUCGGUGAUCUAGAUUUACGGGUAAACUCGACGAAUCGAUUGGUAAGAAAAAAAAAAGAAAAGAAACGCAAAAUAAGAAUAUCGUACCAAAACGUGGAAAUAGGUAAGGGAUAAUAACAGUAGUAUGGUUGUACACAUGUGGCACCGAAAUCCUACGCAACACACAGGCAGACGACAGACUUCUGUGGAAUGGCGCGUCGAAGCUGUCCCGGUAUCUUAAUACUGAACACCAACCAAUGUAUCAUAUGUAUAUAAAGAUAUAUUAUGUGUAAGCAGUUGUCAGAGAAGAUAAGAAGACGCGCACGGCGGAGAGUAUGUGCAUUUCUCUGUGACGGAAAGAGGAGUGUGUUUGAAACGACGUGAAAAAUUAUCCAAUAAAAAAAAAGCACAUUAUUUAUGUAAAAA